AUGUCCUCCAACGGAGACGCUGUCAUCCUCCCCGCUGGGAGCGCCAAAGGCCUCGCCAACUACCCCCAUGGGCGUCUCAUUCCCUCAGCCGGCUCCCGAACAUUGUACAUCUCGGGCACAUCAUCCAGACUUGCAGACGGAUCAUUCGAGGGCUUCGAAACCAACAGCGACGGCGCUCCAUCUUUCGACGUCGGAAAGCAAACAGCCGCCAUUUUGCGCAACGUCGAUGCCGUCAUCAAGCAGGCCACCAACGGCAAAGGCGGCUUGCACAACAUCAUCGACGUCACGGUGUUUCUCACGGAUAUGGAGUAUUAUUCUGGGAUGAACAAGGUGUGGAAUGAGUUUUGGCCGAACUAUGAGGAGGCACCUGCGAGAACGACGAUUGCGGUCAAGGCUUUGCCCAGCCCCAAGAUAGUUGUCGAGAUGAAGUGUACAGCUGUGAUCUAG